GGGGGUGCGGGCCGCCGCUCGGGGGCCCCGCCGCCCCGGCAGCCCGGGACAGCCCCCUUUCCCCGCCCCCGGCCCCCGCCCCGGCCCGGCCGGCCAUGGAUCUGACCAGCAGCUCGGGCGGCGGCGGCGACCCCCGGCAGAUCGAGGAGACCAAGCCGCUGCUGGGGGGCGACGUGCCGGCCCCCGAGGGCACGAAGAUGGGCGCCGUGCCCUGCCGCCGGGCCCUUCUGCUGUGCAACGGGAUGAGGUACAAACUGCUGCAGGAGGGCGACAUCCAGGUCUGUGUCAUCCGGCACCCGCGGACCUUUCUCAGCAAGAUCCUCACCUCGAAAUUCCUGAGGCGCUGGGAGCCGCACCACCUAACGCUGGCCGACAACAGCCUGGCGUCCGCCACGCCAACUGGGUACAUGGAAAACUCAGUCUCCUACAGCGCUAUUGAGGACGUUCAGCUGCUGUCCUGGGAGAACGCCCCAAAGUACUGUUUACAGCUCACGGUUCCUGGGGGAACGGUCUUACUGCAGGCUGCCAACAGCUACCUUCGAGACCAGUGGUUCCAUUCCCUGCAGUGGAAGAAAAAGAUUUACAAAUACAAGAAAGUCCUGAGUAACCCAAGCCGUUGGGAAGUCGUGUUGAAGGAGAUCCGAACUCUGGUGGACAUGGCCCUCACGUCCCCCCUGCAGGAUGACUCCAUCAACCAAGCCCCGCUGGAAAUCGUCUCGAAACUGCUCUCAGAGAACACAAACUUGACUACCCAGGAGCAUGAGAACAUCAUUGUGGCGAUUGCUCCUUUGCUGGAAAACAACCAUCCACCACCAGAUCUCUGUGAAUUCUUCUGCAAGCACUGCAGAGAGCGGCCCCGGUCCAUGGUGGUCAUCGAAGUGUUCACUCCCGUGGUCCAGAGAAUCCUCAAGCAUAACAUGGACUUUGGGAAGUGCCCACGACUGAGGCUGUUUACUCAGGAGUAUAUCCUCGCCUUGAACGAGCUCAACGCGGGGAUGGAAGUGGUGAAGAAGUUCAUUCAGAGCAUGCACGGCCCCACGGGGCACUGCCCCCACCCCCGGGUCCUGCCCAACCUGGUGGCUGUGUGCCUGGCUGCCAUCUACUCCUGCUACGAAGAGUUCAUCAACAGCCGCGACAACUCCCCCAGCCUGAAGGAGAUCCGGAACGGCUGCCAGCAGCCCUGCGACCGGAAGCCCACUUUACCUCUGCGCCUUCUGCACCCCAGCCCGGACCUGGUGUCUCAGGAAGCCACGCUGUCCGAGGCACGGCUCAAGUCGGUGGUCGUGGCCUCCAGCGAGAUCCACGUGGAGGUGGAGCACACCAGCACUGCCAAGCCGGCGCUCACGGCCAGCGCGGGCAACGACAGCGAGCCCAACCUCAUCGACUGCCUCAUGGUCAGCCCCGCCUGCAGCACCAUGAGCAUCGAGCUGGGCCCCCAGGCCGACCGCACCCUCGGCUGCUACGUGGAAAUCCUCAAGCUGCUGUCCGACUAUGAUGACUGGAGACCAUCCCUGGCCAGUUUGCUUCAACCCAUUCCAUUCCCCAAAGAGGCUCUCGCACAUGAGAAGUUCACCAAGGAACUCAAGUACGUGAUCCAGAGGUUUGCAGAAGACCCACGACAAGAGGUGCACUCGUGCCUGCUGAGCGUGCGGGCCGGCAAAGACGGCUGGUUCCAGCUCUACAGCCCCGGAGGGGUGGCCUGCGACGAUGACGGGGAGCUCUUCGCCAGCAUGGUGCACAUCCUCAUGGGCUCCUGUUACAAGACCAAAAAAUUCCUGCUCUCCCUGGCGGAAAACAAGCUGGGCCCCUGCAUGCUCCUGGCGCUGAGGGGGAACCAGACCAUGGUGGAGAUCCUGUGCCUGAUGCUGGAGUACAACAUCAUUGACAACAACGACACCCAGCUGCAGAUCAUCUCGACCCUGGAGAGCACGGGUGUGGGCAAGCGCAUGUACGAGCAGCUAUGUGACCGGCAGCGGGAGCUCAAGGAGCUGCAAAGGAAAGGCGGGCCCACUAGGCUAACACUGCCCUCCAAGUCCACAGAUGCCGACUUGGCUCGUUUGCUGAGCUCCGGCUCUUUUGGGAACCUGGAGAACCUCAGUCUGGCCUUCACCAACGUAACCAGUGCCUGCGCGGAGCACCUCAUCAAACUGCCUUCUCUCAAGCAGCUCAACCUGUGGUCCACUCAGUUUGGAGACGCCGGCCUGCGGCUCCUGUCGGAACACCUCACCAUGCUCCAGGUGCUGAACCUGUGUGAGACACCCGUCACCGACGCCGGCCUGCUGGCCCUUAGCUCCAUGAAGAGUCUCUGCAGCUUGAAUAUGAACAGCACCAAGCUCUCGGCGGAUACCUACGAAGAUCUAAAGGCCAAGCUUCCCAAUCUGAAGGAGGUGGACGUCCGCUACACGGAAGCCUGGUGAGCCUCCCGCCUCGGCAGGACGGCGUUUGCAGCUGCAACACACAACUCUUGACUAAUAGCCGUAGAGCACCGGUCCUGGGGUCCUACCCCCAGCGUCCUGGCUGUGAGAUAGAUGGGGGAGUCUUUCUGGGGGCGGAGGGCGGAGGGGGGAGGGGGUGGGGAGGGGGGCCGUGCGCACGCCCAGCCCCACCUAAUUCUUUUAGCUUCAUAAUUGGAAACCUUGACCUGAUCUAAAAUGGACUUUGUAGCAACCAGAGGAGCAUCAGCGGGUCGGGGGAGGGGGUGGGGUGGGCGUGGGGGGCUUGGGGAGGGGGGACCCUUUGUGGAUUUUCUUUGCCUUUGUGUUUAAUGCUGUGUGGGAGAAGUCAACCCUGAUGCCGCCAUCACACGACCCCGAUGGGCCUUGAGGGCUGAGGAAGGAUGCUUUCUUCCUCAGAGGCUCCACCGAGAACUCAGCCCCUGCCAUUGGGACAAGAAAACCCAGACAUGUCAUCCCACCGUCCUGUGUCCUCGCCAUUGCUAUGCAAAGUGAUUCUUGUUGUACAUAAGAUUUAAAUAAUGCGCCUAUUUAAGAAAUGUUGACAAAUUGCAGGUCUGGGACCUGCCUCUUAUUUAUGAAGUCUUUGACCCUCCCUCCCUCCCUCCUGCCCUCCCACCCUGCCCACCCCUGGCCUGUAGUACUGUACAAACCAGUCAGCUGUUGGGGUAGUGGUAGUAUUAUUGUUAUUUUUUUAAAGGAAACCGACAAAAAAAAAAAAAAAAAAACCUCCUUGGAAAAUUAAUUGCUUUUUUGUAAUGAAUUCUGUAUGCUAAUGCUCGGCCGUCCGUCUGCCCUCUCCCCCCGCCACCCCCAGCCACUGUGCAUUUCCAAGUCCCACGUGUCUCCAACUUGCUCACGGGUGGGGGUC